AAAACAAACGAAAGAACGUGGCCUGCCUCACAGAAAUACCAAGUAUGCUGGGAAGGUCUGGCUAGAUUAGGAAGAACCGAAUGCCACACGAGGAGGUGUCGAUCUCCUUCUCCAGACAGUGGAGAACCGUGACCUGUUGGAAUAGUGAGCUCUUGCUAUACAAGUCUCUCAGCAAAACCAGAAUUCUCCAGACACCUGCUGUGGGCCACGUACAGCACUGCCUGCUUUUCACAUGGCCUUCAAACAGCACCAGACUACCUGGGAUCUAAUUAUUAAGGCGGCUGUGUUUGUGUGUGUUUCUCGGAGAAACAGGGCCCAUUGGGAACAAUGCCACCACCAUCAGACAUUGUCAAAGUAGCCAUUGAAUGGCCAGGUGCUAAUGCUCAGCUCCUUGAAAUCGACCAGAAACGGCCUCUGGCAUCCAUCAUCAAGGAAGUUUGUGACGGGUGGUCCUUGCCAAACCCGGAGUAUUACACCCUCCGUUAUGCAGACGGCCCCCAGCUCUACAUCACGGAGCAGACGCGCAGUGAUAUUAAGAAUGGGACCAUCUUACAGCUGGCUGUCUCCCCGUCCCGGGCUGCACGCCAGCUGAUGGAGAGGACCCAGUCGUCCAACAUGGAGGCCCGGCUGGAUGCCAUGAAGGAGCUGGCCAAGCUCUCUGCCGACGUGACCUUCGCCACCGAGUUCAUCAACAUGGACGGCAUCGUGGUGCUGACGCGGCUUGUGGAGAGUGGAACCAAGCUCUUGUCCCACUACAGUGAGAUGCUGGCAUUCACCUUGACUGCCUUCUUAGAGCUCAUGGACCAUGGCAUUGUCUCCUGGGACAUGGUUUCCAUCACCUUCAUCAAGCAGAUUGCAGGGUACGUGAGCCAGCCCAUGGUGGACGUGUCAAUCCUUCAGAGGUCCCUGGCCAUCCUGGAGAGCAUGGUCUUGAACAGCCAGAGCCUGUACCAGAAGAUAGCAGAGGAAAUCACCGUGGGACAGCUCAUCUCUCACCUCCAGGUCUCCAACCAGGAGAUUCAGACCUACGCCAUUGCACUGAUUAACGCGCUUUUCCUGAAGGCUCCUGAGGACAAGCGACAGGACAAGCACCUUAACCCUCUAGACCUACCUGUCACUGAUAUGGCCAACGCAUUUGCACAGAAGCACCUUCGCUCCAUAAUCCUGAAUCAUGUGAUCCGAGGGAACCGCCCAAUCAAAACUGAGAUGGCCCAUCAGCUGUAUGUCCUGCAAGUCCUGACCUUUAACCUUCUGGAAGAAAGGAUGAUGACCAAGAUGGACCCCAAUGACCAGGCUCAAAGAGACAUUAUAUUUGAACUGAGGAGGAUCGCAUUUGAUGCAGAGUCUGACCCUAGCAACGUCCCCGGGAGUGGGACUGAAAAACGCAAAGCCAUGUACACCAAGGACUACAAAAUGCUGGGGUUUACAAACCACAUCAACCCAGCGAUGGACUUUACCCAGACUCCUCCUGGAAUGCUGGCCUUGGACAACAUGCUGUACUUGGCUAAAGUCCAUCAGGACACCUACAUCCGGAUCGUCUUGGAGAACAGCAGCCGAGAGGACAAACACGAGUGCCCCUUCGGCCGCAGCGCCAUUGAGCUCACCAAGAUGCUCUGUGAGAUCCUGCAGGUUGGGGAACUGCCAAACGAGGGCCGCAACGACUACCACCCGAUGUUCUUUACCCAUGACCGGGCAUUUGAGGAGCUCUUUGGGAUCUGCAUCCAGCUGUUGAACAAGACCUGGAAGGAGAUGAGGGCGACAGCCGAGGACUUCAACAAGGUCAUGCAGGUGGUUCGAGAGCAGAUCACUCGAGCUUUGCCCUCCAAACCCAGCUCCUUGGAUCAGUUCAAGAGCAAACUGCGUAGCCUGAGCUACUCUGAGAUCCUGCGGCUGCGCCAGUCCGAGCGGAUGAGUCAGGACGACUUCCAGUCCCCGCCGAUCGUGGAGCUGAGGGAGAAGAUCCAGCCCGAGAUCCUUGAGCUGAUCAAGCAGCAGCGCCUGAACCGUCUCUGUGAGGGCAGCAGCUUCCGGAAGAUUGGGAACCGCCGAAGGCAAGAACGUUUCUGGUACUGCCGCUUGGCCCUGAACCACAAGGUCCUGCACUAUGGUGACUUGGACGACAACCCUCAAGGGGAGGUGACAUUUGAGUCCCUGCAGGAGAAAAUUCCUGUUGCAGACAUUAAGGCCAUUGUCACCGGGAAAGAUUGCCCACACAUGAAAGAGAAGAGCGCUCUGAAACAGAACAAGGAGGUGUUGGAGUUGGCCUUCUCCAUCCUGUAUGACCCCGAUGAGACCUUAAACUUCAUCGCGCCUAACAAGUAUGAGUACUGCAUCUGGAUCGAUGGCCUCAGUGCCCUUCUGGGGAAGGACAUGUCCAGUGAGCUGACCAAGAGUGACCUGGACACCUUGCUGAGCAUGGAAAUGAAGCUACGGCUCCUGGACCUGGAGAACAUCCAGAUUCCCGAAGCCCCACCACCAGUGCCCAAGGAGCCCAGCAGCUAUGACUUUGUCUAUCACUACGGCUGAGCCUGGAGCCAGACUCCGUGUACCCAGGAAGGGAUUUUGGGCCCAGGAGAAACACCUACAGUCUGGUGCCUUGUCUUUUGCUUGUACAGAAUCUGUAGUGACCAUGGUGGCCAGUAAACGCCAGCCAUUCCUCAAACUCACCUCGGACCAUCCAGAGCUUCCUCUGGGUCCCUGCCCACUCUAAGUCACGAGGGCGGGGGUGCUCUGCCCCCCCGUCACCAUGGAGCCUGGGAUCAGAGCGUGAGGCAUGAACAGCAGACGCUCUCGCCUUCCCGGCCAGGGACUGCUUGCGCUGGAGUUAACAAGAGUCACUCACUCACCUUUUCUUCCUGAGCCUGCUCUCCAGUUGGCUGGAUCCCCUUGUGGGCAAGAGCUGGCCCGGGAAAGGCUGCCCCGCAGAAGACAGAAGUUCUGGGCAUGUUGAGAGCCUCAGAGAGACUGCCUUUGGGUGACCCGUGCCUGUGUCUCAGAUCCAAGUGGAGGCCUCGUCCUUUGCUUGGUAGAUGCCUUGCCCUUGCUCUCGUCGCCUUCGUGAGGGCUCACUCCGGCCUCAUUCAGUGCCAACGAGCUGCUGCUACUGAGGCUCGGCUCUAACAUCUCUGGUCUCCGGAGCCACCAGAUCUCUCUUGCCCACACAGUUGUCUGGGCAGAGGGAAAGUUCUCCCUACAAGCUCUCGGUCUCUCAUCCUGGCAAGUCAAAGACGUGCGAGCUAAGUCCUGUCCUCUAGUCUCAAAGAACUCUGCAGGGAGAGCCCAGAUGAGGCCUGGGCUGAGGCUGGUGAGGCCACUAGAGUCCACUUCCGCCACCCCCCCGCCCGCCCCCCAAUUUUCAUUUUUUCCUUCCUCGGAGAGAAAUCUCCCACCUAACCUGAAUUGCGGCCCUCCGCUUGGCUUUCCUUUGGCCUCCCCGACCUCAGGAAGUUUGGCCUUCCCUUCCCCCUGCUCCCAGUGUUGUGGUUUCUGCCAUUGGCCAUGAUUUCAGGGAGCUAGCUGAGGCCACAGCUGUGCCAAUGGGGCUUCCCUGGUGCUGCGGCACCUAUAACCACCUGCCCAGCCUCUCCCCUUGGACACGUGAACACGGUGGCAUUCAGUAUUGGUAGCCUGGCAUGAUAGGUACUGCCCCAUGAAGAGUGUACUAUAUAUUUUCUUUACUAUAGGCCAUACUUAUACAGACGUGUAUAUAUAUUUAUAUAAGAUCUCCCUAUCCUAGGAUGCAAUGUUGGAGGGAAAAUAAAAUUGGAGGCUCCCCCUAAAAAAAAAAAAAAAAAAAAAAAAAAACCACUUCCCGUUGUGAGCCAAGAGAGUGACCCGAGAGCAGCCAGGAGCUUCCUGUCGGUAACCAUGUUUUCAAUAAAUACUCUUUCAUGUACAAA